CUUUAUCCAGACAAUUUUGCUAAGAGGGAAAUGCUGUCUCAUGAUGUUUUUUGCCGACUGAAGAAGCAACAUGGUUGUCCUUGGAAAGGGCCCCUAAACAAGUUAGAGGUACUGCAUAUUGACUCAUACUAAGAUCUUUGUGUUCAAAGUCGUGUUCUAUAAAAGGCAGCAAAAAAAAGAAAAAACUACAACAACAACAUAGAACAGAAUUCAAAAUAUCUGUCAAAGAAAGCACUUAGGAUAGCAAUAUGUAGUAUCUGCAUUGUUUUUAUUGCUUGGAUUUAGAUACUUAAUCAAAUCAUAUCAGUUUUUUUUUUUAAAAAAUAGACAUAAUAUUAAAUCUUUUUAUACAAACUAACAGCUGGUCAAUCAAUCAUAUUAUUACUAUUAUUAACAGUUUUACACCAUUAAUUUAAGUCCAACCCUGUAUCCUGAUGGCUGGCAGUAGAGUUCUCUGUCAGUUUUGUUUGUGGUAAAAAUGGAUGAACAAUUCAUGGUAGGUAUCACACUUUUAUGUCCUGUCUGGACACUGAAGUGACUGCAGGAGAAAAAUGUUUGUCCAAAGAUUUAACACCUGUGUGGUCUUCAGCGUUGUUUAGAUCAGUUGGUGAUUGCCUGGUUUAGCUUGGGAUCUUUCUAAAGUGUCCAGCUUACAGUCCUUGCUUUACCAGUUGGCCAUUAGAGCUUUAUGCCUUCCAAGAACCACCAUCAUUGCUGGGACAUACAUCUGUAGAUUCCCUACACAAAGUACAUGUACUUGAGACAGGGGUCUACAAGCUCUUUAACUAACAGGCUGCACAGUAUCUUGAUGAGCUGUUGAACUAACUAAAGUGGGAGCCUUGCUUAGCAGCUGUUUUUCAGUGUGCCUGUUUCACUUGAUAUCUUUCGAAAUAUGGAUCUUCACAUACUUUGCUCUGUCUAGUUAUUUGAGAAGGAGACCUUUUAAAUAAACUAUGUUAAGUAUUCGAGUUUGAGAAUGGAUUUGGAGAAUUUGUUUGGUAUAAUUACUAAACAUAAUUUUUCCGUCUUUCCUCCCACUUCAGCAUUUCAAGGUCUUCUUGGAACUGUUUGCGGUGAUGGGAAUGCAUAGUAAUUUUUUACAGUGAGGUACACUGUGCACGAUGAUACAAUGACUGUAUAAUCUGCAGACAGGUGAACCAUAAGAUUUUAUGAUCUUCGUUAGUGCUGGUUCUGUCGUAUAACCUUGGGCUUGUAAGAGGGAAGUUCAAGUUAAUAACUUGAUCUCUUGCUGCCUCCUACUAUAUGUUGCCCCUUUCUCAAAAAGGGCGUUGAAUCAAAUGAGGUAGGUUGUCUCUGAGACCAUGGAUUCUUGUGUGAUGAGUCUGUCACGGUCAUGCAGUACCUAGCCUGCAUAGCAUGGCGGUUUUGGUUGGGCGUGCUAAGUAAUAAAGGCAGGCGAGGGCAGAUAAACUGCGAGGAGAUUGGGGCAGGAGCAACUAUGACAUCAGUCUUCUGACCUGGACAUUAAAGAGCAAGUUGAGAUUUACAGGCCAUUGCCCUACAAAAACCAUGGCACGUAAAGUGAAUCAGGUUGUGCUGUUUAAGGUGAGGUCUUUAAGAGUCUUCUGCAGCUGCAAGGCAAGGAGAUUGGUCUAUUGUCUCCAGUCUCAUUGUUUUUCAUCUUACAUAGGUGUAACUAAUUCCCUCUUCUAGUCACCCAGUACGUGAAUGCUGUUGUUAUUUGUUGCGAUUAUGAUCAUACAUUCGUUAUUUUUCUAGGACCACUUAAGCGUUUGUGAAUUUGUUGAGUUGGAUUGCCCAAAGGAGUGUGGAAGGAAGCUCAAAAGGAAAGACCUUAAAAAGCAUUUAGACGCAGAGUGUCCUAACAGGACUGCACCAUGUAGGUACUGUCAGGAGGGAGUGAAGUGGAAUGGACUAGAGGUUUGUUGUUCAUGAUUCCUGAGAAUUAAUUGUCUCCUGAAAGACUUCGUUUGUCAGAAGAAUGUGAAAGGAGAAACAAAUGCUCAAAUUAAUUGUCAGAGGAGUUUUCAAGGAGAAUCAGAUGCUCACAAGGAUAAAAGAAAGCAAAAUAAUUGGAUUUGCGCAAGAUCUCAAAAAGGGAACGUCAAACUCGACAGGAAUCAAGCAGGAGCCCUUGUCACAACUCACACAAUUUGAGACAAAGUACCUGCUGUACCUUUGGCAGGUGCUUUAUCUUUCCUUGCAGACGAGUUCAACCAGAUACUGUGUAGUGCUUUGUAAUGAGUACACACACUAGAUUACAAUCGGACAUGGUUGGUAGUAGCCUCCAUAAGCAGUCAUGUUCCAAAAAAGGUAUUGUGUCCAUGCACAAUUUAAGGUUAAAUCAAAAAUGCCCGAAUCCCUUCGGUAGCCUGUGACGAAUUGGAGAAUUAUUUUUAUGAAAAGUUAUUAUGUGGUCAUAAAAUCUGCGUUUUGCCACAUUUAUGCACUUAUUUUUGCUUUCUUAGCAAUGAACUCGUUUGACGUAAAAAAAAGAUGAUGUUUCCAUUUUUAAUCAUUUUGUUUUGUUACCAUGUACUGUUUAGUAACUUUAUCAGUCUUGUCAAAAACGGUGCCUUCAAACUGAAACAGGACUUUUUACACGUGCAUUGCAAUGUUUGUAAUAAAGUCUGACAUUAUUUUUUUCUUCAGGAACAUUUUCAAGUUUGCACCAAAUAUCCGCAGGCUUGUGAAAAAUGUGGACAAGAAAACAUACCAAGAGAUAUGGUAAAUCACAUUUCUGUCGCCUCGAAUGUCUUGCUCUCUUUACGAAAUAUGUAAUUAAAUAGGCGAGAAAAGGAAGUUUUAUGGAAGUCUUUCCGUUCUUCAUGAUUAAUAUUAUUUAGGAUUUUUGCUCGUGUAAUUCUUGUAAACCUGUGUACAUGUAAAUGUCUUGAAAACGUUUUAAUGACAGUGAUUUGCCAUAACUGGUGUCUGUUGGUACCCAUUUCCCUGCUAAUUAGAGAGGGAGAAUGAGAGGUCGCGUAAACGUAAAACUUUAAAAGUUGAGCGAGGCUCAACUUUUACGUUUAGGGGCGACGUUUGGUACAUCGUCUCUACCUGAUUUAGGCACGUAAAGACAGUAAAAAACCCCUCUUACAGAGUAAUGACGCUAGAGAAAUGCUAGCUUCUAUUUAUUAAAGCAGGUGACAGUUUCUGAAUACAAGUCCCGUAGAAGAGUGAGCUAAGUUGGGAAUGGGUCCCGGCAGUCGCCUGAUUUUCACAUGCAUUAUCACAUCUGCUGUACACAGUGGGUGGAAGAGUACAAUAUGAUAAGUGAUGGUACUGAUAUUGAACAGUGUUGGUAAUGGUGAUGUGUCACUUUUAUUCAGACACAUGAAUUGUUUUUUAUUGCUUGAACUGGUCAGUUAUUGUUUUUCUAUUUUCCAGAUCGAGGUACAUUUGGAGAAAGAGUGUCCUAACACAGAAAUUAAAUGCCCUUUUCACGUUGUUGGAUGUACGUACGAGGUAUGACAGCUGUUUGUAGUUGAGAAAUACUGGCAGCAUAUAUUGCAGGGUCUAUGAAAUACUUGGGUCUCUUUAGUGAAGAAUCAAUUCCAUCAUCAUUAUAUUAUUGAUGAUGAUGAUGAUGAUGAUAAUUAAUCUCUUCGUGAUGGGCUUGGGAACCGGAGAAUCCAUUCCAUUAUAAUAAUAAUGAUGAUGAUGAUGAUGAUGAUGAUAAUAAUGUUAAAUUGGUCUCUUUAGAAAAUUAAGAAAACAAAAGAACAAUCCCCUUGAUCUCUUUCUUUACUUACUCGCAGUGUAUGGCUAAAAUUGAUUUUAGGGUUUUCAAUUCAAAAGAAUUUAGUUCGUAGGAACGAUGAUCAACUGACCCGGUUUAUUAAAACACUCACGAACUCCAAAAGCUAAAAGGCCAAACUAGAACUACGACUUUUUACUAAAAUGCGAUUGUUACUCCAGCUACUUUCUUUCCUUAUAUCUAUAGGUGCUACCUUUUAUUUAUUUAUUUAUUUAUUUGUUCCAUUUUGUUUUCUCUUUACUUUCUUUCUUUUGCCGGCUUUAUAGGAGACAAUUAUUUUAUUGGUUCCCACCUAGAAUAGCUCCGCUUAUUGUGGGUAACAUAGACUUAAAUUGUUUGAUAACUGAAUAAAUAAAAAAUGCAAAUAAAGGUGGGGAGGGCCCUUAAAUCACAAAAAUCGCAAAUAUUUGCGGCGACGAGAAAGUAACGUAAGGUUAGAGGAGGUCGUUAACGAAAUUGCUGGAAGGAAGUGGAAUAAAAGGCAGUCUAUGACUGCAUGUAGCUACUGCUUUACUUCUGUACAACAUUGUAGUAAAAAAUAUACAAUCACGAAGCUCAGGAAAGGGGCCAGCGUUAGGAUUAAAAGGGAAAAGGUCAAAAUUUUUUAAAAUUGUGCUUACCGAUACACCUUUCGCAAUGUGCACAGCGUUGUCACAGGGCUAGGAGAGAGAACACUCCACAGAUGGGUGAAAGGAUCCUAUUGAAAGCAGUUUUCUGUGGAUUUUCUGACUGAAAACGCCGUCUAAAGCUAGCCUAGCGAUAACAUGAAUUUAAAGCUUGAUUUCAGGAAAAUAAGAAAGGUUUUGACGGUACAAAGCCGAACUUGAACGUAUUUUAUCGCAUUGGAAGUACACGUGGUCGACGCAGUCGGUGCGAAGUGGGACGCAAAUCCGAAGCUAGUCAAAUUCAACACGCCAUUCCACGACGAUAACCUUUGUAAAAUUGUAAUUGUAAAUUGUAAUUUGUUUACCCACGGAGCACUAAGCAGUUCAUAAGAACUCUUUGAAACGUGUCCGUGCGUUCCAGAUCGAAUUGGAAUUUGAAAGUGUUGGUUUUUAAGGAGAGGGGAAAACCGGAGUACCCGGAGAAAAACCACUCGGAGCAAGGGAGAGAACCAACAACAAACUCAACCCACAUAUGGCGUCGACGUCAGGAUUCGAACCCGGGCCACAUUGGUGGGAGGCGAGUGCUCUCACCACUGCGCCACCCUUGCUCCCCCCACCUUUAUUUGCGACCACCUCUUGCAAGCGACCACUUAACCAAAACACGAGCAUUUUACCAGUCAAUGCCCUACAGCCGGAUCAUUCGUUAACUACUCCCUUUUGGGUAACGGGUUUUGCGUUCGACUUUAAGAGAACGCAACUCCUUAUCUUAGGAAUGCCGUGGUACUCGUGUGUAACCUUUUCAGCAAUUUUUUGUCGUUCGUCUGCUUUUUCGGCGCCAAUUUGUAUUAUGUCACGUGUGUAUGCGCAUCACCCUGGUUCGAUCAAAGUCAACCAGAUGAUGCACCGGAUGUCGGAAUUACCGAGUUAUUUGAGUUUGGCGAGGGAAUGAAAGUUGGAGGUGUUUCCGAAGCAGAUUUCAUCGCUGACCUGGUGAUUCUGGCCUUUUUCGGUCUUAAUGCAUCGUUACGUCUAGCGAUGUUGUACGGGUCAAAUCGAGCUGAAAGUUUGUAGAAAGACACAAAUAAACACCAGGUAACUUCCGGAUACUUUCCCUCUGCCUUCUGUGCAUUUGAGUCUAUUUAUUCGCAGUAUUAUUUUUUUCUUGCACGAGAAACAUUCUGGGAUUCACUCAUUAGAGUUUUAACCGUGCAAUCUUUUGUCUGAUAUAUCUGUGGAGAAUUUUGUUGAUAAGACCAUCUCACCAAUCAAUUUAAGUUUAAAACGCGAUGAACCGACGUACACGGACUGAAUGAAGAUGAACGGUUCGCACAAUUGCAAAAGAUUUUGCACCUUAAGCGAAGUCCGGUUCACUGACAUCUGUAAUCUCGCCAAAACCUUCUGUCGCUAUGAUCAUUCUAAACUUCAAGUUGUGUCACGCAAGAAGCCAGGAUUACGUUCGAGGUUUUCCAUGGUUUUGGACUUUUGUGGUGUGGGAAUGUGCCGUUUAUCUUUGUACAAAACAGAGCUAUCUACGAUCUAUCUCUCAUUGUUUUGACCAUUCUCAAAGGUAAAUAAGACGUUUUAAAAUAUGAAGCAGUCUAAACGGAGAGUGUAGCAAGAAUUAAAAAAAAUUCCAUGUAUUUUACCCUAUUUUGAAAUAAUUCUUGACGGUAAAGCUAAUAAAGCUCGAACGCACUUGCUAAUCUAUGAUUACUACAAGUAUAUACCUCUUAUAAGCGCCGACUUCACUUAUACUCUGAUCACAUGUUUGCAAUAAACUACACUAGUAGUAUAGUAGGGACCGAAUUUACCUUCCUUUUGUCUCCUUGCUCGGAGUAACUGGACAGCCCUAUACCACUGUCGUAAGCCAACAGCGAUAACGGUGUUUGCUGCUUUUCGGAGUCUGAUUUCCUCUUUAUGCUUGUUCUUUGUUUGCUUGUUUUACACAGCCAGCAUGUACGCUCAUUUGCCUGUAGAGCGCCAAUAUCAUCUUCAAAUACUAUUUAUCAAACACGAAGCACAGUGUUUCUUUAUAUUAAACACAACGAACACAGUUGACUUCUACUUUCGGUCACAACUACAACAGCCCGCUUUUUUUCUCUUAAUUAAUAAUUAAUAAUAAUUUAUUAUUAUUAUUAUUUUAUUAUUAAACAACAACGGCCAACUUUUCACAACCCUAAGUAUUGAGCUGUCUUGAAACACUGUUUUGGUUAUAUGUAAUUCCUUAAAUAAGACGAUUUUACAGUAGAAAUAGGUGGUACGAAAACUAGGAGUGUUUCAUUAGAUAUACAUCACACGCAGUGAACGGGUUACUUUUCUCUUUAGCUUUUGAGUAUCAGAGUUUGCGAAUUUUAAUCCAAACCUUCUUGUUUCUUACUUAUGUUAGGGUUUGCGAGCCAGUGUUAACAAACACAUUAUGGAGCAGCUGACCGGUCACUUGACCGAUAUGUCAAAGCAAAUUGCUGCUUUAUCUACGCCCCGUGAAACAGAACCACAAACUCAACGAACUGCUCCAAGACGCACUCGAGGUGAUUUGGGAGCCCGCCUUCAAGAACAGGCUGCCCAAGAAGUCUAUUUGAGUGAAUUGUCAACACAGACACACAAUCACCAGGGUGAGAUAGAUGAACUGAGACAUAGGAUCACCAAUACUGACAACAAUGUACAUCAUUUGGAGCGUCGACUGGAAGAAAUUCGUAUGAGGCAGGAAAGACCAAUACAAGAACUCACAAUGAGGUAAGUGUCACAAACAUACAUACAAAUCAGGUGCACCCAACAAUGGUUUUCUCCUAAAUACACUGAAAACGAUUUUUAGUCUAUCCAGAGUACUUUUACAUGUCUAGAAAUUCACUCUCUCAACAGUGCUAUAAAAUUUGUAUCUUUUUUGUCAUCUUAGGGCAACCAACAUGAGCCUUUUUGAAUUUAAAAAAGGCUUUAGUAUUAUUUCCCGGAAAAAUUUAGAUACAAUUCAUUAACGGUUUAAGAAAAGAAUAAUUUUUCUGGCUCCUCUUUCCAUCACAUUUCCGGAUCGGAUAAUUUUUGGUUUCCUUUUCAUCCGAAUAGUAGCUAAACCUGGGCAGUGAAACGUGAAAAAUUCACCUUGUAAAAAUCAUAUAGAAUGUAUUAAAUAAGCUUCGAAAAUCGUACAUGAAUGGAACGGUCAUCAAAAAAUUUUAAGCCUUCCUCAAUUUGUAGGAAAUUCUAGGCAAUAUUUGCUUAGACGAACAGUUUUUUUUUCGAAAAUAGCCGUUCUGUGCCCCUUAGAAGUCUCAGUAACGUGUGCUGUGGGUGACUUACUGCUGGCAAACAUGAAAUGAUAACCCAGGGAUGAAUGGAUGGCAAAGUUGGAUUGUUUGCUGGUUAGUGCUGUGGCUAGGUUAUAGCAUCAUCGACAGCUUGAAUGAAGACCCGAAAAUUCCCUGAGAUGCGGCCUACUUUCAGUGACCAUGUGUUACAAGGCACUUUGAAAUUCUCUUAAUGGCUAAAGGAUUCUUAUAGCACACUCGCUGUAGGUCUUCUGGGAUUACUGGGUUUAAAGCUAAAUUUGCAGUGAAACAACUACAUCAUUUGAGCUUUGAUUAUUGUUUAAGGUAAUUUAUUUUAAAGUGAAAACAAAUGCAGUUUGACGGAGUUAACAACAAGGAGCUGUAGUCUUCUUUUUCAGUCCGCGCCACUUAAUAGAUGGUGAUAUCAUUUUGUGCCAUCUUGGCCUUGACAUUAGAAAUGGUCUUUGAUAUUUCUCAGAUUUAACCGCUAUGAAGCCAAGUUGUUGGAGUAUGAAGGGCGUGUCUGUAACGGUUCGUAUAUCUGGAGAAUCGAAAACUAUCGCCAGUGUCGGCAAGAUGCCAUUAAUGGGGUCAUGACUGCAAUACACAGCCCUGCUUUCUAUACCAGCCUGUAUGGAUAUAAAUUAUGCAUGAGGAUCAAUUUAAACGGGGUAGACAGUGGCGUGGGAAAACACGUGGCUUUGUUCGUUCACAUGAUGCAGGGAGAUUAUGAUACGAUCCUGGAGUGGCCCUUUACAGGAAGAAUUGCGCUUUCCAUCUUGGAUCAGUCUGAUGCGUCGGAGUUUCGUCACCAUAUCAGUGAAACGCUGGUGGCAAAACCCAAUUUACUGGCAUUCCAGAGGCCCACAGCACCGCGCAACUAUAAGGGGUACGGCUAUGUAGAGUUCGCUCCCAUCGAGCAGAUUCGCGAAGGGCAAUACGUUAAAAAUAAUACCAUGCUGGUGCGCAUUCAGAUUUUUCAUUAG